ACCUGGAAAUUUUUAGCCCAAACUGGAAUCCUCAACACCUCUUCCAGAAAAAAAAAAGAGAUCCAUCCGCGCUUCUUUAUCUCUAUCCUAUUUCUCUCUCUCGCUUUGUUCUCCCAGGUCACAACAUGUUAAUUAGUUAACUUUCGCUAUUAUUUCGACAAAACUAAAGCGGAAGUGAGUAAAGGUACUUUCCCAGAAAUAUACCAGUAUGAUGGACGAGAAACCUACGCCAGUUGAGAAAAUUCCGCUUUCAAUCUCAGAACCUUGACGAUUUUCUCGGCCCCACAUAAGUUUUAGCUGACCUCUGAGAAACGUAUCAGCAUUUCGAAACUCAGCCAAACCACACAUCGUUCAAAAAUUUUGUUUUCUUAGGCUUCGACAAGGAUUUACAUGUUGCGGGAUACAAUGAGUUGUGAUUUAGAAAGCCGUUUAAAGGACUUAGAAGCAGUUCUGAACAGUGAUCAAGGAAAUGUACCCGAUGAUUUUUUCACAUUCAACCAACCACCAUUACCUGAUAUUCGAGUUGAGUUGUUUGACCUAAAAGAUGUCUAUGACAAAGUUCAAACAAAGGUGCCAGGUAUAUCUGAACAACGCAUAGCAAAAGGAUGGGUUAAUGGUGUUGCCUGGUCAGCUGGUCAAAUAAAUAGUAUCACAGUACUAGUUCGACGCACUCCUGAGGCAGCAGCAAGAGUCAAUGAUACAGUAGGGUCUGUGGAGCUAAAAGUAACUUACAAAGAGUACGGAGCGCAGUCUGUAAAUUUCUCUUUCAACCUAGACUCUGCUUACAAGAAUUCAAAUGGAGACCCCGUUUACAAGCUUGCUAAGGUUGAAACAAACACAAGAAAUGUAUGGCACCUUAUCAUCACUGUACAACUUAUUGACGGCUCACAGAUAAAUUUUACCUCGAAAGAGUUUCGCAUCAGAACAAAACCAAAAACACUCAGAGAACCUGCAGAUACAGAUGUUGAGAAAGGAAACAAGAGGAAAAGAUUUGAGCCAGAUCAAUUUUUGGGAGGUUCAGCUGCAAAUCCUUCUCCUGAUUCACUAUAUUCAGGUGCUGACAGCUCCCCUGAUAGAUUGACGGUUCAAACUGAUAAAAAUAUUUUGACCGAUUAUCUGGAAGCACAGAGGGCUCGCAUCAACGAUUUAAGGGUCGCAAAGUGGACAACAGAAGGCGCAGACGUCGCCUAUCAUCUGAAUCUUACAGAAUCUUCAAAAAGACGGCCUGAUCUGGAGGAAGGAGAUGUGAUUGCCUUUUUGACGAAUCGUAACACUGGACAAACAGAAAUAGAAAAACUGACACAUGAGAAUUCAGCACGAGCAGUCUUGGCAGGUGUCAUCAGUCGAUCCGCUUACAUAUACGCGCACGCACCACGCCACAGCAGUGAGAAGGGCAGUACUGAGACGGUUUGCGUUAUCGGCGUGGUAAAAGUUAAAGUCGUUGGCACCGUUCAGAAUGGAGAGCGUAUAUAUGUCGCACUGCAUCAUCCGGGUGUUGCCAUUCCAGAAACGCAGAUUCCGUUACGACCCAUGGCCGACCGCCGUCCAGUAUUGCUGGGUCAGGCGCUUGAGAGCAAAUCGAGUUACUCUCAAGACAAAGUUCAGCUGGUGCAGUGCUUUGUGUCCAUAGUGCUCGGUAUUCAGUCGGGUCAGAUUAAUAACGCCAUAGAGGACCUUCAGGAGAAGAUGCAGCGCAAGUUUGAGGAUGUUGUGGUAAAAGACAGAUCAAAGUGGAUCAGAGGUCUGAAAUGGAAGAUUUUCAUUUUCCUUGUCGUUGUCGGACUGCUUUCUGGCUUGUUGUACGAGUUUCUUGCCCCAGGAACUUGGUUCCAGUAUCAGUUGUGUAAACGAGGGUGCAUCAAGGGUCAUUCGGCUACCUUUAAAUUCACAACACAUGAUAUACAAUAUAUCAAAGUAUACGGGCUGGAAUUCACGUGGGAGAAAUUGAAAAAGAAUAAAAAGCUGGAUCUUGAAGGUUGCCAACCAUUUAACGCUACAGCUGGCUACCGUUAUUACCUAAACUUGGAUCGGUGUGCCUAUGGCGAACGGAUCGUUUUGGAUCACAAGCCACCGAUACGCGGACCUACGGUUUUUGCAAUCAAUUCCAAUUGCUCUGCAGUUUAUUUCGUAAACAAGGACAAAUGGCAACCGUACACUUCGGCAGAACACAUUCAGCGUGUGCCACCUUGCGUCUAAACCGUGCUGCACUUCCUUUUUUCAUUUUAAAUUUGGCAAUAAAUUGAAGUUUGAUUUCAAGUUUAACGUUAACUGUGGUCAUUAGACCGAUAGCAGUUAAAAAGAUUGGCUCUAAGCACAACCAGGUUGUUAUUAUACCCAAUUGCAUUUCCAUUUUCUUUCUUAGAUUUCUCUAAUUGAAAGUUACUUCGAUAAGUAAGGCGAGUAUUUUGGUAAGAAGCAGUAAAUUUUGAGGUUUGUUACCUAGCGAUGUAAUGAUGUAAAAAAAAAGAUUCAAAAACAGACGUUUAUUUGGCUGUGUAACAUUUAAUGUGCUCUUGUUCCCAAAACGAUCUGGAAAGAAGUUUUAAGUCGCAAGGGUAGUUAUUUAAAGCUGUAUUAGGGUAGUUAUUUAAAGCUGUAUUGACGUGGUGAUUACUAAGAUACUGAAGUACAAUAAAAAUUUAUUUUCAUACUUAGAACGAAUGACACCUUACUUGACCACCACAUCGAUGAGUCCUUAACUAUCGAUAUAAUGGACUAGUAAUCAGUUAUCUUCUAGGGCUGGAGUUGGAGGAUUUUGGUUGUUUCACUGAAUUAAAAUUACAUGAUUCCCCAAUAGGAUUUUGUAGUAAUCUAGUGAUCCGUUCUCAUUGGUAGUCAAUUUUCUGUGGUCCUUCCUUUUAACUCUGUUACAGACGACUGAACCCCUCUGAUCCUCCUGGGAAGCAUGUGAUCCCCCAGAAUCCUCCAGACCCCCACCCCAGGCGAUGACGAGUGAGUGGUCCUUAAUGAUAUUUCAAAUAAUCGAUGCCUGUUAACCAGUGAAUUAAAAAUUUUUAUUUCUACUUUAA